CUGGAGAAAAGCUUUAAGGUAACAUUGGAAUGGAGACAACAGCUUUGGAUGUGACUGGAGAAAAGCUCUAAGGUAACAUUGGAAUGGAGACAACAGCUCUGGAUGUGACUGGAGAAGUGCUCUAAGUUACGAUGUCUUCCCUCUUUCCAAAUAUAAAGGACAUGUGGGGGGCCAUACUGCUCUUCUCCUGCUUCCUUCAGGCUGGCUUAGUAUUUGGGAUCCUCCGUUCCUUUGGGAUCUUCUUCCCGGAAUUUCUGGAAUAUUUUGGCUCAGCAGCUGGAAGUGUCUCUUGGGUGACAUCUUGUGCAGUUGCAGUACAACAAUUGAUGAGUCCCCUGGGCUGUGCACUCGCCCUUCGGUUUGGAUCCCGUCCUGUCGUCAUCUUUGGAGGUUUCCUAUCGUUUCUUGGGAUGUUUUUAGCUUCAUUCUCCACAGAACUCUACCAACUUUACCUGAGCAUCGGAGGAGUGUCAGGUCUUGGAUGGGCUCUAAUUUUCUCACCAUCGAUGGCCACUGUGACCUGCCACUUUUCACGGCGGCGGUCCUUAGCUACAGGAUUUGUGCUGACUGGUGUUGGCAUCUUCUCGUUUGCCCUGACACCCCUCCUCCAGUACCUCGUAGAGGAAUAUUCCUGGCGGGGGGCCAUGCUCUUGCUUUCUGGAAUGGCCCUUCAUUCUGUGCCAUGUGGGGCUCUGCUUCCACCCUCCAGCGAGGCGCCUCCGGACACAUCCCGCUCCUUUCUCUGGGGCUGGGAACUUCUCUGGAACUGGACUUUCCUACGGUACUGCCUCGCUGUUACUCUGAUCAACACAGGUUACUUUGUGCCCUUUGCUCAUCUGGUCGCUCAUAUGCAGAUGAAAGGCAUUGGAGACCGUCAGGCCGCCUUCUUAAUGGCUCUUGUAGGGGUUGCAGAUGUUGCUGGCCGCUUGUUUGGUGGUUGGCUUUCUGAUCUCAGCCCAAAACGUACAUUACAUCUGCUGAGCCUGUGGACUGGGCUGAGCGCUAUGACAAUCGGCCUGCUCCCCCUAGCGGUUAAGGAUGUGGAGAUGGGUGCUGCUGCCACUGCAUUUGGUUUCUGUGCUGGGGCACUGACUCCUGGGGUAUUCUCUGCCCUCCCUUGGGUAGUAGGGGCAGAGAAGGUUCUUCCUGCACUGGGACUGCUGCAGAUGUUGGAGAGCGUGGGAGGACUCCUUGGACCUCCAAUUUCAGGUUGGCUGUGUGAUCUGACCGGAGACUUCUCCUUGUCUUUUCUUAUUACUGGCUCCUUCCUCCUUCUUGGAGCACUCAUCAUCCUCACUUUGCCUGGAAUCUUCUGCAAGACUAGAACUGUCCAGUCAGAAAUCGGGACACCCAGGAACUCCAGGACUAUGAAUCACUGUGCCACCAGCCAAACAUAACAGGACUCUAUCCAGUGGCCGUUCUGAUUGCGGGGGGGAGGAACAGCCUUUGGACUUAGGCUACAGAACAGAAGCUGAUGUGCCGUCUUCUCAUCCUUGGCCACCAAUGGAAGAAAGAGCAGGACACAACAAGCUCCAAGGAGAUCAGAGCAGUCAGGAAAAGCAGGGGUGUCUGCAGGAGGCCACGGCUGCCAGAAUGCCACUGUCUGUGGGAAAACUGCUGGAGUAUCACAGCUCAUCCCCUGUGACGAUACUGCAACUUUCCUCCAAUGGAGUACUAUGACGGCCAAAAUAAAAAGUCUAUUUAUUA